AUGAAGCAUUCAAAGACAUGUGACUCUUUUCAAGAUGAACUUGAAGAUUACAUCAAAGUGCAGAAAGCCAGAGGCUUAGAGCCAAAGACUUGUUUCAGAAAGAUGAGAGAGGAUUAUUUGGAAACCUGUGGGUGCAAAGAAGAGGUUGAUUCUAGACCCAGGUGUAGAAUGUUUGAUCAAAGACUCCUUUGUGAAACCGUCCAGACCUACCGAAGACCAUGCAGUAUUUCGCAAACAGUGGAAAAGUGGUUACCUCAGUGGCUAGCAGCUCAUGACAGCAGGCUGAGACUGGACUCCCUGAGCUGCUGUCAAUUCACCAGGGACUGUUUCUCAGGAAAACCAGUACCCCUGAACUUUAGUCAGCAAGAGUAUAACUGUAGCUCAUACAGUGUAGAAUCUGGAGUUUACAGGCACCUCUCCUCAGAAAACAGUACCAGUGCCCGUCAAGCUAGAUAUAAACAGAUACGUCAGAAGAGAAAAAGGCUCCCAGAGAAAGGCCGGGAAAAACGAGAGGAGGAGCGGCCCAAGCAUAAGAGGAAGAAAGCUUGUGAGGAAAUAGAUUUAGACAAAUACAAGAGCAUCCAAAGAAACAAAACAGAGGUGGAAACAGUCAGUACAGAAAAACUUAAGAACCAAAAGGAGAAAAAAAGCCAAGAUGUAGCCUCUAAGAAAUAGGAACUUAAGGGUAGU